CCAUCUCGCAUUCUUGAGGCUAUCUGCCCUUCUUCUUACGAUGAGGCUCAGACUCUGCUUUAUAGCCUGCCCAAUGAGGCGCCAAACUGGCAAACAAGGCUUUUUGGCCAGGAAGCCGUCAGUCCAUUCAACCGCGACCCCAAGCAGCAGGUAAGACAAAGCACCAACCAAUCUGAAAGGCAGUUAGCCGGCCAGCUAGUCGACCAGCUGGCCAGCCACUUAGUCGUUCAGCCAACCAAAAAGGAAAAAGAACUUUAA